CUGGACUAUAACCUCUGGCUUUCGCCUCUUUUCUCUUUCCCACCCGGACGAUGACGGAGGAGGAGGCAGAGGCUCCGAGCUCCGGGUCCGAGCGGCAGGCGCCACACUUCCUCCGAGACGUGGUCUUCCACGGCAAGUUCCGGCUGCUGAAGGCUUUAACCCCGGAGGAAACCACUCGCUGCCAGCAUGGCCUCUUCUUCCAGGACGGUCAGCGGCGGGUCGACUACGUCCUCACCUACCACGUGAAGAAGCCCGGCGCCGGCCGCUCCGGCCGCCAGUCGGUGUACCAGCUGACGGAGAAAGCCGUGGCCCGCAGCCUCCGUCGAGGCCCGUACAGCCGUAACCAGCACGUCAAACACCACAACCAGACGCAACGACCCAACGACUCGUCGACGCCGCGCCCGGCGGCGGCGGGCGACGUGGAGCUGGGCUGUGCGACGGACACCUUCAACGGACAGGAAGACCACAAGGCCUUCAGGAGGGAGGAGUUCGAGGGCAAACUCAGAGACAUGGGGCUGGAGCUGGAGAAGGACGAAGACGCCAAGAUCCCAGGGGUGGGCUUCCUGAAGAUUCACGCUCCCUGGAGCGUUCUGUGCCGAGAGGCGGAGUUCAUGAAGCUGAAGAUGCCCACCAAGAAGGUGUAUGAGGUGAAGAAGUCGAGCGGGGUUGUGGAGAAGAUCAGCUCUCUGAUCAGUAAGAUCCUGGAGCCUCUUCACCCUCACGUUGAGGAAAAUCAGCCCAAGAACAUCAAACACCUGUCACACACCUUCUCCAGGGAGAAGCAGCACCUGUUUGAUCUCUCAGACAAAGACUAUUUCUUUGACAGUAAAACCAGGAGUUCAAUAGUGUAUGAGAUCCUGAAACGAACAAAGUGCAAGGCCAAGUACAGCAUGGGUAUCACCAGCCUGCUCGGCGGCGGGGUUUACACAGCGGCGUACCCGCUUCACGACGGAGACAUCAACGAGGAGGGGGCGGAGCCCAACGACCGGAAGCUUCUCUAUGAGGAGUGGGCAAACUACAGCGUCUUCUACAAAUACCAGCCUAUUGGACUGGUGCGGAAGUAUUUUGGAGAGAAGAUCGGUCUGUACUUUGCCUGGUUGGGUCUGUACACCCAGAUGUUGAUUCCAGCCUCUCUGGUGGGCGUCAUUGUCUUCCUGUAUGGCUGUGCAACGGUCGACGACAACAUACCGAGCAUGGAGAUCUGCCACCCCAGGAACAACAUCACCAUGUGUCCUCUGUGUGACCGGGUGUGCAGCUACUGGAGGCUCAGCACGGCCUGUGGGACGGCUCGGGCCAGCCACCUGUUCGACAACCCGGCCACGGUGUUCUUCUCCAUAUUCAUGGCUCUGUGGGCCGCCAUGUUCAUGGAGCACUGGAAGAGGAGGCAGAUGAGGCUGAACUACGAGUGGGACCUGACCGGCUUUGAGGACGAGGAGGAGGCUCUCAAGGACCAUCCCAGAGCAGAGUAUGAGUUCAGAGUCAUGCAGAAGUCCAUGAGGAAAGACCGGAGGGCACAGCACAAGGUGGAAAAGCUCACCUGUCGAGACCGCCUCCCUGCAUACAUGACUAAUCUGGUCAUGAUGCUGCUGAUGAUCGGUGUUACGUUCGCCAUCGUGUUUGGAGUCAUUCUCUACCGGAUCUCCACCAAAGCUGCUCUUCACAUGAGUUCCAGCCCGAUCACCAGGAACCACGUGCAGCUGACGGUCAAAACCACGGCGGCCAUCAUCAACCUGGUGGUCAUCCUCAUACUGGACGAGGUGUACGGCGCUGUGGCGCGAUGGCUCACUGUGCUCGAGGCUCCGAAGACUGACAAGAGUUUUGAGGAGCGUCUCAUCUUUAAGACCUUCAUCCUGAAGUUCGUCAAUGCCUUCACCCCCAUCAUCUACAUCGCCUUCUUCAGGGGGAGACUGGUUGGCAGGCCGGGAAGCUACCUGUAUGUGUUCGAGUCUUACAGAAUGGAGGAAUGCGCUCACGGUGGCUGUCUGAUGGAACUCUGCAUCCAGCUGAGCAUCACCAUGCUGGGCAAGCAGCUGAUUCAGAACAACCUGUUUGAAAUCGGAGUGCCCAAGCUGAAAAAACUAAUUCGGUACAUUCGCUCAAAACCUGGAGCCUUUCAAGAGGAGGAGAGGCAGAAGAAGUUGCAGAGAUAUGAAAUCGAUCACUUCCUGGAGCCCUUCGGUGGAUUAACUCCUGAGUACAUGGAGAUGAUCAUCCAGUUUGGCUUUGUGACUCUGUUCGUGGCCUCCUUCCCGCUGGCUCCACUCUUCGCUCUGCUCAACAACAUCAUUGAGAUACGACUUGAUGCCAAGAAGUUUGUGACUGAGUUGCGGAGACCAGUGGCAGCGAGAGCCAAAGACAUCGGUAUAUGGUACAACAUCCUGAGAGGAGUGGCGAAAGUGGCCGUGAUCAUUAAUGCAUUUGUCAUCUCCUUCACUUCUGACUUCAUUCCUCGGAUGGUCUACCAGUAUAUGUACAGCCCCGAUGGCUCCAUGCAUGGAUUUGUCAACCAUACGCUGUCCUAUUUUAAUGUCAGCCACUUCCAGGAGGGCAAAGAAACCAUGAGUCCAAUGCAGCUGGGCUUCCCCGUGGAGAUAUGCAGAUAUAAAGACUACCGAGAGCCUCCUUGGUCUGCCACUCCGUAUGAGAUCUCCAAGGAGUUCUGGACGGUGUUGGCUGUUCGACUGGCCUUCGUCAUUGUUUUCCAGAACGUUGUGCUGCUGAUGAACGACGUGGUGGACUGGCUCAUCCCGGACAUCCCCAAAGACAUCAGCCUGCAGAUCCACAAGGAGAAGAUCCUCCUGGUGGACCUCUUCAUGAAAGAGGAGCACGGCAAGAUCUUCGUGUACGAGAGCGCCGCCCCGGCGGGGGAGAAGGAGAGCGGCGGCCGGGCCAACAACAGCACGGCGGCCCAGCCGCGCAGCCGGCCCAACGCCAACAGCACCAAGAGCUUCUGACGGCAGCAGGCGGAGCCGGUCGCUUCCUGUUCAGAACAUUCCAGCAGCUGGGAGAGCAGCUGGCCACCUGCUGCUCGCUGAGACUGAGUCGGCGGACGCUCGCGGGGCGAACGCUGAUCUGUGAAGGCGUCGUCCCGAUC